AUGGCUUCCCUUGGCUAUCCCGGUUUUAAUCGGUUCCCUUGCGAACGUUCUGUUUCCAAACUGGGAGAUGUUGAUUUCUGGUGUGCAUUGGGCCCUAGUGCCCGGAAGCGUUGUGAGGCUUGUGCCUCCGCAGGGAAAUCUUGCAAACCCGCGCGUGAUACGCCUCUGCUGAGGCGCGUCAUGCGCGGGCGCGCAUUUAUCUUUACGGGGGUGGCGGCCGGGGAGGAUAUGGCCCGCCACAAAGAAAGCCUUCGUCGCUUGGUAAAGCGAUUGGAUGCUCCUCGCCUGGCAGUGUUGUCUGCUCGGGGCAGGGCGGGGGCAAAUCGCCGAGCGGCGGCUACGCCUGCGAGGAUGCAGGUUUUGGAGGCAGUGGUGGUGCCUGGUCCUUCCAGGGCAGAAGCGGAAGAGGAAGAGGAGGUUGUCGAGGAGGAUAUGGGGGUGUUGAGCUCCGGGGGCUUGGGGGCGGAGGGGUUGAUUGAGGAGGAUUUGGUGGAGGAGGAGUUGGCUGGAGAGCCUGAUUUCACGAGAUGGAAGUAG